AAAGACCUUAGUGGGGCUUUAUGGGAUAGUGACUCCAAUGCUAUCUUGCUUGAUCAGGAGCACUACCUUGGCCACUGCAAGGACCAUCCAAAAGAUGCAGAGUUCCUAAACUGCCCUAUUAGGUUCUACACUAAGAUGGAGGCCAUUUUUAGCCAUGCUAUGGCCACUGGCAAAUUUGCACUUGGUUCUGGUGAAGCCUUAGGACAGAACCAGGUUGAUAGUGUUGCUACCAAGGUUGAGGGACCUGCCUUCACCUAUAUCUCUGAAGAGAGAGCACAAACUGAUGUUGGAGAGGGUAGCAAGGCCACCGAGAUCCCCUCCAUAGCUGUGGGUAGGAAGAGGAAGAUAGGGAACUUCAGUGAGGAUGAGAUGCUUAUGUUGACCAAUAUGUCUGAUGCAGUGAACAAUGUGGCUAAUGCCCUUAGAGAGACUGGACCUGCCCAUGUGGAUGCUAACCUCUACCUAGCUGUGAUGGAGAUGCCUGGCUAUUCUGAGGAGGCACUGAUUGUUGCCUACACCUUCCUCCUGGACAACAAGGCUCAAGGCAGGGGCUUUGUUCACAUGACUGAGGCACAUAGAAACAUUUGGCUUAGGACCUUCCUAGCUAAGAACUACUACAUGUAG